UCCGUUUGUGAAUUCACUGGUAGCUCUAAGUGACAAACGUUUGUUACGGCUUUCCUCGGAUACAAGCAUACCCCGGUACUUGGGUCUUAGGCAUAUAGAAGCAUUAACCGGACAUUGUCCAUAAUAUUUGUGAAUACUCCAAGCUGUGUACGUGAUCUAUCUCUGGCGGAGCCAAUAUGUUGUUAAUUAAGAUAGUGGUGGGGACCAAGGUGAUUUUUUCGGCUUUGUUCGACUAUUAGUAUAUAGAAGACGAAGGGAAUUUUACUGAAAUGCUGCACAUGAGACUUUCACGUGUAGAAGGCACACAAUGACAAUGUUGGCGCCACUUGCUGCGUUAUUUGUUUUUACCUGUACCCUUGCCUGCUUCGCCCAUGGAACUGAUGUAGGAGGUACUGCAUUUCAUAUUCGUUCCAAACGUUCACCGACAAAAUAUGGUAACUGGUGCGGAUUGAGGACGACCGGCAUCGGCUUGGACUGCUGUACCUGUGCCAACACAAUAGAAGAAUGCAGGGCUUGUCUUCCACCCAAAGACCAAUUGGACGAAAUGUGCCUCAGACACGACAUGUGUCUCUGUGAUCAACCACCGUCAAAUGUUCUCCACAAAUGCUACUGCGAGAGAGAAGUUUACAACAAUAUCAAAGGAUCGUCAGUGUGCCGGCAAUACAGCGGCUGGAAAAAUCUUCUCAAGCGUGCUCAGUGUUCAACCUACGCCGCCUCCAUGGUGGCGCUUUUUGGGGGAUUACCCUGCUGGUGUGACUCUAAACAGAAAUAUGUUCCUAAUUUUUCUAGUUGCUAAAAACCAAACAGUUUGCUAACUCACAGGAGCACGACAAAAUUGAGCUGAUGACUGUCAUCGCUUACUUUCCUUGGAUAAUAUGGCUAUAUUCAGGCUGUCCCAUCGAAUGGUUAACCUAUCAACCUAUCUGGGUAAAACGUCGUCUUUUUCAAAUUAACAUAAUUGCUAACUGCUUUAAUGACAUAAUAUAUACUUACGUAAUAUAACAUAUUCAUUGUUAUUCUUUUUUGUAAGAGUAUACCGCCUAAUGUUAAUCUCCUAAUAAACAGCGACUGCUUUCUGUGAAACAAAAACAAAAUUGGCGUAUUCUCCAUUUACACCCCUUUAUCAUAAAAUUUUAGUUCAUUUCUCUAACAAUGGCAAUGUUAGUUAACACAUUUAAAAAAUAUCUAAC